UAGUGCAGGCAGGAUGGCAUCACCCAUCUCGCAGAAGCUGGAGGAGAAGCUAGUGUGCUCCAUCUGCCUGGAACUGUUCAGGGUGCCUGUGACCUUGCCAUGUGGGCACAACUUCUGCAAGCGCUGCAUCAGCAACCACUGGCAAAAGCAAAAGCAGGAGCCCACCUGGGCAGAAAGCGGCUACACAUGCCCUGAGUGCCGCAGGGGCUUCAACCAGUGCCCAGAGCUGGAGAAGAAUGUCACCCUGUGCAGCGUGGUGGAGCUGGCACAGGAUGGCGAGGCAUGGGCCUUGGGCACAGAGAGGUGCAAGGUGGCCAGCAGCGAGCUGUGCCCGCAGCACAGGCGCCCACUGGAGCUGUACUGCAAGGAUGAGCAGCGGUGUAUCUGCUGUGUUUGCACGGUGUGGCAGUGCCAGCAGCACCAACGGGUGCUCUUUGAGGAGGAGCGCUCAAAACGGCAGGCUCUUUUGGAAGAGUCCAUGGAAAAAGCCCAGGAGGAAUCAGAGAGGAUCAAGCAGGUGAUGAAGGAGCUGGAGGAGCAAACACACAGCAUCAAGGACUCUUCUGAGGGGCUCAAAUCGGUGAUUCUGAGCAAAUUUGCCCUCCUGAGGAAAGCCCUGGAGGAUUUCCAGUGGCAGACAGUGGCCAGAAUUGAGCAAGAGCAGGCAGUGGCACUGGGACGUGUGGGGGAGGACUGGACCCUCCUGAAGGACCGCCUGGACAUCCUCGGCCAGCACAGGGAGAGGGCUCAGCAACUCCUGGCCUGCCCCGAUAACAGGACCUUCCUCCAGGAGUUCCCCCUGCUCCCACCUCUGGAGAGCCCAGAGGCGCUGCUCCCCAUGGAAUUUGAUGUGGCUGGUGUGGUCAAGCCCAUCACUGAGAUCCUCGCCAACAUCUCCAGGCUUCUGCUGGAGGACCUGCCCAGCUGUGUGGCCCCCAAAGCCCCUGACCCUGUUGACCAAGGCCCAGUGCAUCCCCAGGAGAUGGUGGUGAAGGUGGCGGCCCACCUCCCUGAUUGCCAGCUCCGAGCUGAGCUUCUAAAGGGUGAGGAGAACAUGGGAGUCUUAAGGGACAGCACUCUCCUGGGGUCCCCAGCAGACCAUCGCAACCUGACCUUUGAUCCCAAGACGGCCAACAAGUACCUGGAGCUGUCAAAAGGUAACCGGAAAGCCAAGCACAGCCCCAGCACCAUCUGCAGGCAGCAGGAGCAGGGACCCCGCUUCGAGCCCUGGCAGGUGCUGUGCACACAGGGCUACAGCCAUGGCCACCACUAUUGGGAGGUGAAGAUCUCCAGCCACUCCGUUGUCCUGGGGGUGACCUACCACAGCCUCUGCCAGGAGCGGAAGCAGGGACACAAGUUCAACAUCGGUCUGGACGGGGGCUCAUGGGGGCUGCAGGUGCGGGAAGAUUGCUACCUGGCCUGGCACAAGGGCCGGUCAGAGAAAAUCCAGGAACAGCUGUGUAGGAACCUGGGGGUUAGCCUGGAUUAUGGCAAGGGGCUCCUCUCCUUCUACGGGCUUGGGGAGAGGACAUGGCUCAUCCACUCCUUCCACAGUGUCUUCACCGAGCCCCUCUAUCCCGUUUUUUGGCUGUGCGAGGGGCGAGCAGUGGAGCUGUGCUGGAGGGAUUAAGCUGGCGCGACCGUGUGGCUCUGUGAACCAGACCACAAGCCAUAGGCUGGUGCCAUAGCCGAGCUGCAGCCAGUGGCUGCCACAGUGUGAGUGGGACCCCAGUGCUGAGGCCGGAGUGGGGAGCAGUGUUUUAACAGGAGCUGAUGAGGACACACAUGCAAAUGAACCCUCUGAUUUGCACAUGCCAAUAUCAUGCAGGUAGCACAGUUAGGGCAGGGGAAAGCGUGCAGGGGCCAGUCACUGUGCAAGGUGUAGAUGGGGUGAGGCGGGGAGAUAGGGACGGUAAAAGAAUGAGGUUUUUCCUCUUUCUCCCAUCCUUGCCCAAUCUCCCAAGUCCAAAUUUGGGGUGAGGGGGAUCCUGGAGAAGGGUGCUGUGGAGAAGGGUGCUGUUGGAGGGAGUCCUGUGCUCUCCCCAACCCUCCUGCUUUCCUCUUGCCACUCGUGGACAUGGCAGAGCAACUUUUUUGGGCGCCAUGCUACAGUUGUUCAUUGUACAAAGCUGCUUUCCCCAGUAAAGCUCUAUUUUCCUACUGGUUCGACCUUUGUGAUGGUGGGAGCGUGGGACCAAGCAGUGGGGGGUGAGCUAGGUGACCCUGCUCUGCACUAGAAGGUGCUUUAUUUACAGUAGCACUGCAAUAAGGAAACCUGGUUUCCUACAGCUCUGCUCUAAGGUUGAUCCAGCACAGAAUAAAAUCUGAAGCUUUGAUUGAAGCUUUUCCAAGGGCGAGACCGCAGGUCCGGGAUCUCCCCCCCGGAAUCCUGGUGAGGACUAACAGGGUGAAACUGGGCACUGGCUUCAAAGGUGCUUGGGAUGUGCAGGCCAGUGCCUGGGGAAUGGAUCUCAUCAGCUUGUUUCCUUUGGGGGGAAAAAAAAGGGUUUAAAAGGCUCAAUCUCCUUCUUCAUGGA